UCAAUUUGCCGGCGGAGUGGAACGAAAAGGAAGUGCUCACCGAUUCGCUCCGCGUCCCCCGGACGCGCUCGUCCCAUCGCCAUAGGUGGCGACGCGCGCGCUGGGUUCCUCCCCGCUAUAAACAGCCAAAGCUCUCGGCAACGGCACGAGAGAAGGAGAGCAACUCGACCGAUCGAUCGCUCAAGGGCAGGCAGGCAGGCAGGCUAACUAGGAUCGAAUGGACACGGAGCAGAGCGUGGCGGCGGUGAAGCCGAUGCUGGCCAAGGCGGCGCCCUCGGCGUCGUUCCGGCUCCGCAACGGCAGCCUCAACGCGGUGCGCCUGCGCCGCGUCUUCGACCUCUUCGACCGCAACGGCGACGGCGAGAUCACCGUCGACGAGCUGUCGCAGGCGCUGGACGCGCUCGGCCUCGACGCUGACCGCGCCAGCCUGGUCGACACCGUCGGCGCCUACGUCCCCGAGGGCGCCGCGGGGCUCCGCUUCGAGGACUUCGACGCCCUCCACCGCGCGCUCGGCGACGCCUUCUUCGGCUCGCUGGCGGACCAGGACGACGCGGCGGACGAGAAGGGCGGCAAGGGGGAGGACGACGAGGAGGAGAUGAAGGAGGCGUUCAAGGUGUUCGACGUGGACGGCGACGGCUUCAUCUCGGCCGCCGAGCUGCAGGAGGUGCUCAAGAAGCUGGGACUCCCCGAGGCCAGCAGCAUGGCCAACGUGCGGGAGAUGAUCUGCAACGUCGACCGCGACAGCGACGGCCGCGUCGAUUUCGGCGAGUUCAAGUGCAUGAUGCAGGGGAUCACCGUCUGGGGCGCCUGAUCGAUGAUCAACUCCAGGCCCAUAAACACGGGGAAGAAGAGAAGAUAUCGCAAGCUCAGUAGGUUCUUAACUAUUCCAAAGGCUCCGUAUUUUGUCAGCGUGUACGUACGAUCUUAAGAUUCUUACCUAGUUGGCUGUGUGUGUCAGAACGCAGGGCCUCAUCUUGUGGCCUUAAUCUAGUGGUGAUGCUAAAAAAACGGCUUCUGUCAGUUCCAAAAUUUUAUCAAGCUUAGCUACUCAUGGGCCAAUCGGCUUUCGAAUAUUUUCUGCCGGCCAAGUUCAUAGAAGUUUAACCUAAUUGAUACCAAAA